UGGCUGGGCAAAUGAAAUAUUCAUGGUGGCGGGGGAUUGGCUGCUGAGAAAGGAGCGGGUUGUCGGAGAGGAGCAGGUCUGUUUUAAGGCAGGCAGUGCUCUGCUCUCUCACUCCGUAUAAACACAGACGAGCAGGCGAGAGCAGCCCAGUAUUCCAGUGUCUCAGUUGCAGCUCAGACACACACAAGUCCACACACACGCUCACAGAAACACACACGGGAGAUAAGAGAGAAGAAGCCGGCUAACGCCACAGCUGCCUCGGCUGCCACUGAUGUUUUAGCCCAGAUGACGGGGAACUGUGAAGGGGAGCAUGUGCUGACGGGUCUGGACGAGGAGGCCAUCAUUGACCUCGGGAAGACCAGCUCCACCACCAACACCAACUAUGAGACGGAAGACCUGGAGAGCCACAGGGCGGUCUAUGUCGGGGUCCAUGUGCCGCUGGGCCGGGCGAGCAAACGCAGGCACCACCGCAGAGGCCACAAACACCACCGCAAGAGGCGGGAGCGGGAGGAGGACCGCGAGGAGGAGGACCCCACUUAUGACACACCUUCCCAGCGGGUGCAGUUCAUCCUGGGUACCGAGGAUGAUGAUGUGGAGCACGUCCCCCAUGACCUGUUCACCGAGUUGGACGAGCUGUCUUUCAGGGACGGGAGCGCCACUGAGUGGAAGGAGACCGCCAGGUGGUUGAAGUUUGAGGAGGACGUGGAAGAUGGAGGGGAGCGUUGGAGCAAGCCCUACGUGGCCACCCUGUCUCUACACAGCCUGUUUGAGCUGAGGAGCUGCAUCCUCAACGGCACCGUCAUGCUGGACAUGAGGGCCACCUGUAUCGAGGAGAUUGCAGACAUGUUGAUUGACAGCAUGGUGGCGUCUGGCCAGCUGAAGGAGGAGCUGCGUCAGAAGGUGCGUGAGGCCAUGUUGAAGAGACACCACCACCAGAACGAGAGGAAGCUCAGCAACCGCAUACCGCUGGUGCGAUCAAUCGCAGACAUAGGCAAGAAACAUUCAGACCCGUUCUUGCUUGAGAGAAACGGGGAGGGCCUCUCCGCCUCCCGCCACUCCCUGAAGCCGGGGGCCUCCGUCUCCAACCUGUCCCAGAGGCGAGAGUCGCGGAUCUCUAUCCUCCUCAACCUCCUCCUGCCAAACUCCUCCUCCGCCGGGGGGCCCUCCACCGGACCUUCGCCCCUCACCACCCCCCAGAACACGCCCCCUACUCCCCGCCGCUCCCCAAACCCUCCCCGCGCUUCUGGUCCCGCCCCGGUCCGCCAGGUCAUCCCGGAGGUGGUGGUGUCACCGCCUGAGGACGACGAGUCGCCACCCACCGCCAUUACGAAGGAUGAGGAGGCGUAUUCCGCUCAGCAACCGUCGCUGCACACUAGAGGGCUCCAGCAGCUGCCCUUAGAAGGGCCACUGAUAUCCACGCACUCUGUCCCCAGUAACCUGGAUAGCAGCAGCAAGGCUGGAGACAGGAGGCCCUCCAAAGCUGGGGUCAGUAAAGAUAAGAGCAGUGUGGACUUCAGCAAGGUGGACAUGAACUUCAUGAAGAAGAUUCCUCCGGGCGCUGAGGCGUCCAACGUGCUGGUAGGUGAGGUGGACUUCCUGGAGAAGCCCAUAAUCGCCUUCGUACGCCUGUCUCCCGCCGUCCUCAUCACAGGGCUCACGGAGGUGCCCGUGCCCACCAGAUUUCUGUUCCUGCUACUGGGUCCACACGGGAAAGGCCCUCAGUACCACGAGAUUGGCAGAUCCAUGGCCACACUGAUGACAGAUGAGAUAUUCCAUGAUGUGGCGUACAAAGCCAAAGACCGGACUGACCUGCUGUCUGGGAUAGAUGAAUUUCUGGACCAGGUGACAGUUCUGCCCCCAGGAGAAUGGGACCCCACGAUACGAAUCGAACCCCCCAAGAACGUCCCAUCGCAGAUGAAGAGGAAGAUGCCCUCCCAGCCCAAUGGGUCGGCCUCACCCUCUGGGGAGAUGUUGGAGGAGGAUGAAGGCCACGGAGCUGGGCCCGAGCUGCAGAGAACCGGACGGAUCUUUGGAGGCCUGGUGAUGGAUAUAAAGCGGAAGGCCCCGUUCUACUGGAGCGACAUCCGGGACUCGUUGAACCUGCAGUGUCUGGCCUCCAUCCUGUUUCUCUACUGCGCCUGCAUGUCCCCUGUCAUCACCUUCGGAGGGCUGCUGGGCGAGGCCACAAAGGGCAACAUAAGUGCCAUAGAGUCUCUGUUUGGGGCGUCCCUCACAGGAGUGGCUUUCUCUCUGUUUGCGGGGCAGCCCCUCACUAUCCUGGGCAGCACGGGGCCUGUCCUGGUUUUCGAGAAGAUCCUCUUUAAGUUUUGCAAGGACUACGGCCUGUCCUACCUGUCUCUGAGGACCAGCAUCGGCCUGUGGACGGCCUUCCUCUGCCUGGUCCUGGUGGCCACAGACGCUAGCUCCCUGGUCUGUUACAUCACCCGCUUCACCGAGGAGGCCUUCGCCGCUCUCAUCUGCAUCAUCUUCAUCUACGAGGCCCUGGAGAAGCUCUUCCAGCUGGGGGAACACUACCCUGUCAACAUGCACAACGAGCUGGACAACCUCACACUCUACUCGUGUCAGUGUUCUCCACCGGCCAACGCCUCCGCUCAGAUCUUGCAGACGUGGAACCAGACCGGACACACACCAGACUCUAUCUCCUGGAACAGCCUCAACGUAUCGAUGUGUAACCUGCUCCAUGGAGAGUUUGCUGGUCCUGCCUGUGGUCACCACGGCCCCUACAUCCCAGAUGUCCUCUUCUGGUCCAUCAUCCUCUUUUUCACCACCUUCUUCCUCUCCUCUUUUCUCAAGGACAUCAAGACCGAGCGAUACUUCCCUACAAAGGUGCGAUCCACCAUCAGUGACUUUGCCGUGUUUCUGACCAUUAUGAUCAUGGUGCUGGUGGACUAUCUAAUGGGCAUCCCCUCUCCUAAACUCAACGUACCCGACCGCUUUGAGCCUACCUCCAAGCAUCGCGGCUGGCUGAUCUCCCCGCUGGGCACCAACCCCUGGUGGACCCUGCUGGUGGCGGCGCUGCCCGCUCUGCUCUGCACCAUCCUCAUCUUCAUGGACCAGCAGAUCACUGCCGUCAUCAUCAACCGCAAGGAGCACAAGCUCAAAAAAGGCUGUGGCUACCAUCUGGACCUGCUGGUGGUGGCGGUAAUGCUGGGUGUUUGCUCCAUCAUGGGCCUGCCCUGGUUCGUAGCCGCCACCGUGCUCUCCAUCUCCCACGUCAACAGCCUCAAGGUGGAGUCGGGCUGCUCGGCCCCAGGAGAACAGCCCAAGUUCCUGGGCAUCAGAGAGCAGAGAGUCACCGGCUUCAUGAUCUUUGUCCUCAUGGGCUGCUCUGUCUUCAUGACCUCCGCACUCAAGUUCAUUCCUAUGCCAGUGCUAUACGGGGUCUUCCUCUACAUGGGAGUCUCUUCACUCAAAGGCAUUCAAUUCUUUGACCGUAUCAAGUUGUUUGGUAUGCCAGCCAAGCACCAGCCUGACCUGAUCUACCUGCGCUACGUUCCCCUGUGGAAGGUCCAUGUAUUCACCCUGGUGCAGCUCACCUGCCUUAUACUGCUGUGGGUCAUCAAGGUCUCCGCAGCCGCCGUCGUAUUCCCAAUGAUGGUGCUGGCCCUCGUCUUCAUUCGGAAGCUUCUCGACUUUUUCUUUACCAAGAGGGAGCUCAGCUAUCUGGACGACUUGAUGCCCGAGAGCAAGAAGAAGAAAGAGGAUGACAAGAAGAAGAAGGAGCGGGAGAAACGGGAGGCCCAGGCUUUAUUGCUCAUAGAAGAACAGGUGGGCGUGAAUGCUGUGAAGAUCCAUUAUGACGGUGGGAACCUGCUCAAGAUCCCAGUCAAAACUCUCUCAGGGAGCUCAUGUGACCUCGGCAAUGUUAAUAUCUCUGAGGAAAUGGCCAAAAGCGGGGCGUGCAAAGCAGUGGCGAUGAGCGCCGACUUCGGCCCAUCUAUGAAGCGUAGCCAAAGCCAGGAGAAGGUGGCCUGUGUUAGAGUCAAUAUGGACACCACCGAGGCAGGAGGACAGAGUUCAGCCUUGGAGACGGCCUUGUGAUUGAGGAGACCUUUGUACUACCACCCCCUUAACCCCACAGAGGGCCACUCUGGUACAGUGAGCAAGGUGAGAGAGUGAGCUAAGCCUGGAGCAGAGAAGUCAGACUGGUCUCUGGAGAAGCCCCUUUUGUGCGUCUCCUCGGUCAACAGUUGAGCUCCAGUUACCGCCAGUGGUCCAGUGUAGCUCUGGGGAUCCUGAGGCCCCCUCAGCACACAGAGGACUGACUUCCUUGCAGUGGCGAGCACAUUGCUGUGAACCAAUCAUUUCCCACCCAUUGCCACAGCUGCCAAAAGAUGGGGCCACCACUGCCACACUGAUGCGGAAUCUUCUUCGAUUGUCAUGUAUACGUGAAUUUACUUAAUUUUAAAAGGUAUAUUUUCUCAUCAAAAUUUUAAGCGAUAUUUUGUAAAAAAAAAAAAUAAUAAGAUUCACAUCCUGACACAUUCUGGUCUCAAAUAAUAUAUAUUUACUUUACAAAAUGUACUAUACACAAACCAGCUACACCAGCUCCAGAAGCACAUCACUCAAGCAAUGAUUCAGGUUGUUAUUUCUGUGAUUUCAACAGUGCAAACUGGUUACAUCCUGACUAGACACUGGUAAUCUAAACUGUUGCAAACCAAAAGAAGAAUGUAGACAUUCAGGCGCCUAUACCCCAUAAUCUUUCUUGGUUGUGAAACAUUGACAGAAAGGUUGGAGUGGCAACAUCUUUUUACUGCCCCUGUACUGUAUCCGUACUGUAUACUCCGCAAGUUGCAUUCUCAGUCUUGAUAUCGCUGCUCAGAUGACGUUGUUCAGCAAUUUUUUUGGUUUGUCACUGUUGUGCUGUUUUAGUGGAAUUGUGUGCUUUUUAUGUUUUAAUGCACAAUUAAAAAAAUAUAUAUAUAUAUACUAAUUAAGGAAGUGAUGAUAUGAAUAUUACAAUAAGCACUUUAAAUUUGUUUGCCAGUAGGAAUUAGUGCACAGGCCUGAAUUGAGUUAAAAACAUUGAAUCUGAAGAUCCACAGAACUGUUGCUGAAAUGUCUAGAAAAAGUAACGACUCAGGAAUCUACAAGAUUUCUGAUUGUGGAAAGUGCUUUACUCUCAUUUGUCUCACUACUCAUACCGUUUUUCAAUAGCCUAUUUGUCUAUUGUUGGGACAAUUCUUUUUGAUAAACGGGGUGAAAAAAAUCUAAAUUACUGUGCCGUUCAGUUUUCUUCUAAUAGCAAUGAACGUUAUUCUGUGCAGUAAAACUGUAAAACUGUAACUUAUGCUGCACAUGUUUUAAUACUUGUCACAUGUAAAAGAAAAUAUAUAUAUAUAUAAAAAAAAGUUCAGUACUACAGACAUUUCCAAAAAUGAACCGUAAAAUGUAUUGCAAUUAUCUAUUUCUAAUUUGCUUAGCACACAUGCUCCUGAUUUAGCAAUAAUAGACGAGUGUUGAGUACAAUGCAAUGUGUGGAGUGAUGGUUCUAUUGAGCUGUCUAGGGGGAGUUUGUCAAACCCCAUCCACUUUGUGUGUCUGCUCUAUUGACUAUAUUAGUGUGUAGCUGAUUAUACAGACAAUAGCUUAUGUGCCUUGUGAAUGCUCUUUGUGUCUUUUAGUCAAACUGUAAUCAAACUUUUCAGGUAGUACACACACACACACACACACAAACACACAGCAGUAGUGAUCUGAAUGUUUUUGUGAAAAUCAUAUCCUCUUCAACCAAACCGGCAAACUGAACUGAUUAACAAGUUACAAAUAUUAACUCAUUAGUACUUGAUUGUAACCAUUUUCUGUCAAGAUAUGUACUGUAUGUUUUUAUGUCACAGAUGUAGUGUUUGUUCACAAAUAGGAAGAACUGUAAUGUAAUCAAAUAGAUUUUUUUUUUAAUGCAAUAUUACCGAAUUAUUGGUGAAAAUGACAGAAGCCUGGUACAUUUCUCCAAACACUUUUUUUUUAAACAAAAUAAUAAUUUGAAUAAUUUUAGUUUGAACAGAAUUCAGAUAAAAUGUUGGCUAUUUCAAGUCAUUACAAAUAUUGUCUUGGUGAUCCUAUAUGUGUGAAGUAGGUACCACAAUUCAACGUAGAACACAAAUGGUAUUGCAGUGCAAUGGAUUCGAUGUGUAUCAUAUGAUCUGUACCUGGUGUUCUUUAGGAUUACAUGCCAUUUAGCAGACGUUUUUACCCAAAGCAACUUAGUCAUGCGGGCAUACAUUUUACGUAUGGGUGGUCAUGGGAAUUCAACCCACUACCCUAGCGUUACAAGCACCAUGCUCUACCAACUGAGCUACAAAAGACCACUUUAGGACCAUAUAUUACACCGACCUCACUACUGCUGUCAGUCAAGCACAGAAAAUCCUCCUGUCAUGUUGUUGAAUACCAUAACAUCAUUUUUUUUUACUUUGCUGAUGGAAAGCAAUAAAAAGUGUGUAAAAUGUC